CAGAGAAGCCACAAACCCAGCGGCUGGUGGAGAGGAGAGGAGAGGAGAGGAGAGGAGCGGGCCGGGCGCCUGGGGUUGCCAGGCGGGGGGAGGCUUUCGGGCGGCGUCAGCUGGAGAGACCCCAGAGCCGGCGGCGGCCGCUGCCUCCUGAGGGACCCCAAGGAGAGGGACAGCCCCCCCUCUGCUCCUUACCCCCGUCGCCCCCCCCCAUCCCACCCUAUCCCCGCCGCCCCUUCCUUGCUCCCCCCCCCCGGCUUCCCACCACGGCCGCUCUCGGCGAGGAAACUCUGGCCUCCGCUUCCUCCUCCUCCGACUCGGACACCGGCGGAGCCUCCCCGCCACCGCGGAAGAAAGCGCGGGCCUCCCCGGCGGCGGCGGAGGGAGCAGGAGAGCCCGGGGCUUCUGCGGGCAGAGCAGGCCUCACCUCGUCCCCGUCCCCCUCGCUCUCCGCCGGGCUCGCCCCUCCUGCUGCCCACCCCCUCAGGGCCAGCGGCAGCACCAGCACCACCACUAGCAGCGCCGCCGCCAUGCAGGCCAACGGGGCAGGAGCCGGGCAGCAGCAGCCGCCGCCGCCGUCGUCGCAGGGUCCCGAGCUGGGCUGCCUCGGCGCCCAAAACGGCGAGGCCUCGUCGGGCUCGACGGCCGGGGAGCAGCUGGCUCACGCCAACGGGCUGCUGCCUGCGGCCAACAGCGACAGCGGGAGUGGAGGCGGCGGCGGGCCGAGUGUCAACAACGGGGUGGCGGCCCCCGGGGGGUCCGUGGCCGACAUGGGGGGAGGCGGCGGCGUCGGGGUCGGCGGCGGCGCCCUGAAGAAGAAGAAGCGCCUCUCGCAGUCCGACGAGGACGUGAUCCGGCUCAUCGGGCAGCACCUUCACGGGCUGGGCCUCAACCAGACUGUUGAUCUUCUAAUGCAAGAAUCAGGGUGUCGUUUAGAGCAUCCUUCUGCUACCAAGUUCCGCAAUCAUGUCAUGGAAGGAGAGUGGGAUAAGGCUGAGAAUGACCUGAAUGAACUCAAGCCUUUAGUGCACUCUCCACAUGCAAUUGUGAGAAUGAAGUUUUUGCUGCUGCAGCAAAAGUAUUUAGAAUAUCUGGAAGAUGGUAAGGUUCUGGAGGCACUUCAAGUUCUACGUUGUGAAUUGACACCCCUGAAAUACAACACAGAGCGUAUUCAUAUACUCAGUGGAUAUUUGAUGUGUAGUCAUGCAGAAGACCUGAGGGCAAAAGCAGAAUGGGAAGGAAAAGGAACAACUUCCAGAUCUAAGCUCCUGGACAAACUCCAGACUUACCUACCACCGUCAGUGAUGCUCCCCCCAAGGCGUCUGCAGAAUCUGCUGCGUCAAGCUGUGGAGCUACAACGGGACCGGUGCCUCUAUCACAAUACCAAACUAGAUAACAAUCUAGAUUCUGUAUCGCUGCUUAUAGACCAUGUUUGUAGUAGAAAACAGUUCCCAUGUUACACACAACAGAUACUUACAGAACACUGUAAUGAAGUGUGGUUCUGUAAAUUCUCCAAUGAUGGCACUAAACUAGCAACAGGAUCAAAGGAUACAACUGUUAUUAUAUGGCAGGUUGAUCCAGAUACACACCAGCUAAAAUUACUCAAGACAUUGGAAGGCCAUGCAUAUGGAGUUUCUUACAUUGCUUGGAGUCCAGAUGAUAACUACCUGGUUGCCUGUGGCCCAGAUGACUGCUCUGAACUUUGGCUCUGGAAUGUGCAAACAGGAGAACUGAGAACAAAGAUGAGCCAAUCUCACGAAGACAGUUUAACAAGUGUGGCCUGGAAUCCAGAUGGAAAACGUUUUGUCACAGGAGGACAACGUGGACAGUUCUACCAAUGUGACUUAGACGGUAAUCUCCUGGAUUCCUGGGAAGGAGUGAGAGUGCAAUGCCUAUGGUGCUUGAGUGAUGGGAAGACUGUGCUUGCAUCGGAUACACACCAACGAAUCCGGGGUUACAACUUUGAGGACCUUACAGACAGGAACAUAGUACAAGAAGAUCAUCCAAUUAUGUCUUUCACUAUUUCAAAAAAUGGCCGGUUAGCGUUGUUAAAUGUAGCAACUCAGGGAGUUCAUUUAUGGGAUUUGCAAGACAGAGUUUUAGUGAGAAAGUACCAAGGUGUUACACAAGGAUUUUACACAAUUCACUCAUGUUUUGGAGGCCAUAAUGAAGACUUCAUCGCUAGUGGCAGUGAAGAUCACAAAGUAUAUAUUUGGCACAAACGUAGCGAGCUGCCAAUUGCGGAGCUGACAGGGCACACUCGAACAGUCAACUGCGUGAGCUGGAACCUGCAGAUUCCAUCCAUGAUGGCCAGCGCUUCUGAUGAUGGCACUGUUAGAAUAUGGGGACCAGCACCUUUUGUAGACAACCAGGAUAUUGAAGAGGAAUGCAGUAGCAUGGAUAGUUGAUGGUGAACUUGGAGCAGACGACUUCUGUUUAACUUAAAUUUAGUCGUAUUUUAAAUGGCUUGGGAUUUGGUGCAAACAAACAUGAUUGUUAGCUGGACAGACAUGCUCGUCAUGGGAAAAAAAGAACCAUUUCUGAAGCCCAACUGGGGCCAAACAUUUUACCACCUUGCUUCAUAGUAAACAGUUGAGAUGAAGCACGUCGUUAGAACGUUGUUGGACACCAUGUUGAAGUAACCCCCCAUCGGUUGUGAAGAACUGUGCUACAUUCAGGCUAACCAUUGAACUCCGUAUAUACAUUUUUCCUUCUGCCAUUUUGUCAGGCAGAUUACUGUUCUUGUUGCUCUUCUGUGUAAUGAAGUUUAAAUGCUUGUUUGGAAACCUUUUUAUUUAACAGUUUAGAAGGCUUGAUAGAAAGAGUGCUUUAGUCUGAAGAGUACAUGUUGGAUAGGAAAGUAUUUCCUUCUCUUGUUUCUCUGAGUCUCUCUCCGCCUUAUUUAGCUUGAGAUCUUUGCAGCUUGGUUCAUGGAUUCUAGCCUUGCCCGUUGCGCAGUAUAUCUACACCCAGAUGUUAAACCAGAAAAUGACAUGAAAAGCACUCUCAGUAUCACACUUGACAAAAAGUUUUGUACUUUUCACACAGCUUGUUGCCCCAGAAAUGGGUUAACACAAUUUUUUUAACAGAGUAAAUUAUUUAUAGCAUUAAAAUGAUUUCAUUUGUAUACAUUUGGAACUUAAACCAGCUUAAAAAGUGUCAUCUACAAGUCAAUGCAGUAUAACUGGUGCUCCUCUGGAGUGUUGUGUAAGACCAUUUGGCUGGCAGAAGUUUAAUGCAAAUUAUAUGAAGUAUUAUUUUAAAAAAGAAACAUUGUUUACCAACAUAAAAAAUUGAGAGCUUUCACAAUCACCAACUAAAGAAGUACAAUGUAAUUUCUGAAGUUAAUAAAUGAAAAUUCCAAAUUGGCCUUAACUUGUGCAAUGAUUUUUAUUUAAAGUUCUAAAUGAGGGCAGUACAUGUAACAUUAUCAUUAAAAAACAAUGAGAUGAGCAUCUCUUUUUUUUUAAAAAAAGUAAAAUGAAUAGUACAAGCUUUCCAUAUUGCCCACUGGCUAAGGCCUUUUUUCUGAGAUAGUGCCAUCCAUUGCCUGGCACUAGGAAUGGGUUCUUGACUUUCUGUGCGCAAAAUAGAAAAGAAAUCUAGUUCCGUGUCUGCUCUGUUGACUUCAGAAUAGGAUUGACUUCUCCCUCAGUUAAAAGAUGAAAAUGGCACUUAAGGCCACCCUCAAGGCCACAGGAAAGAAAGCAGCUCAUAAUGAAAAGAAUGAUCAGUGUUCUUGUGAGGCCAGAUAAAAAUAGAAAACAAAGAUGGCAAGGGGUAUUUGGCUUCAGGAAAAGAAAGAUCCAGAAUUGGAAGGAAAUUUGUUUGUAGAAAAAGAACACAUUUAUUUUAAAUGCACAUAUUCUGUGAUAAGGAAUAGAGUGGCCACUGCACUAGUGUGUAUCCCUUAAUUCAGAUUUGUUUUCGUUUUCUUCUUAGCCUUUUGAUGAGAAACUUCUGAUGAAUCUUUAAACCAGAACAAGUGGUAUUCUAAUAACUUAAUAUAGGCAAUUCAGUUGUUUUAGCUCCAAGAUUCUUUGAACAAACACAAAACACUAUUUUAAUACCCCCAACUCCUAAAAGUUCAUGUGCAGACCAGGUUUACAGAGAAAUUUCUAAAGAAAAGAAUACCUUCCUUUUGUGUCCUAAAAUGGAUUUGGGAGCAGCAAAGAAUCAUAUAUCUAUUUGUCAGCUCCUUUUAGCUGUUUCAGCUUAUUUUAUUUUUAAAAAAUCAUUAUUUUAUUUGUCUAUUCACAUGUAACCUCUUAAUUUGAUAUUAAGAUUUUUAUUGUUGGCUUUUAUGGUCUACUUGUCAGCCUGUAUGAAAACACUUGCAGAUAUUCCCAUUCUGUCUGCUAAGACUCCACACCUGUGUUUCUGACAGUACUAGAACUGCUUGCUAACACAGAAGAAUCUAGAGAGCAAGUCAGGGACAAAAUCUAGUGUGUAAUCAGUUUAAUUUGCAUUGACAUUUCUGUAGGCUUUUUGGUCUGAGGCUUAUAGAUACAAAGGCCUGUGUAGACCCUCUCCACAGUUUUCUUCAGAAUGCUUAACACUAGUUGAAACUAACUUGAAAUCACCAGAAUGGACUCAUUCUUUCCUCCCUUGUUAAAAAAAAUUGUGGAUUAAAUCAAAAGCACUUCACAGUGUGGAGUUAAAUGGGAGGCCUGUGUUUUGAGAGAUCAGCUUAUAAACUUAGUUUUGUAAUAUAGGCUAUGCAACUUUUAAAUGGAAGAACUUCAGAUGGGGUAGCAUUCUUGGGUUGCCAUAUAGACACUCAUCACUGGUGUUACACAACACACAUGAAACCAAGUCAAGAUUUUGUUGCUGUAAAAUUACUAGACUGUGCUAAUAACUGCUAAUAUUCCUUUUGAGACAGAUAUUAGCAGCCUAAAUUCUUCCUAAUGCAUUUCUAUUUGUGAAUUGAUGAAAAACACCACUCACAUAUUUCAAAUAAACCAAAGUUAGACAUAAUGAAGGUUGUAGAUAAGGAAUAGGUGUAUCUGCAACAUUCACUUUCAUAUGUUAAGGGGGAAAGGCUGCUGUACACUGUAAAGGCUGGAGCGAUCGCUAAUAGCUGGCCAUACUAAACCCAGGGCAGAGAAGGUGUUAUAUGUGAAGGAGAUAAAAGUUCACAUUUUGCCUUAGGUUUUUGCACCCAUCUACUCCAAAAAUAUGCACACUGGCUAUAAAUCACUACAGUAUCUUACUACAAUGCUUUAGGGCUGAUCAGGUAAGUUUUUUAAAAAGAGGAGCACAAAAUAGGAAAUGGGAUUUAAUUUUUAUGCUGCCCUUAACAAGUCCUGUAAAUGUGUGACUUCAUUCUCUCACCAUUCUUUAAUUUAUUAUUAGGUUUUCUCGUUACAGUUUAGCUUGAAGCAGGUAGCAAAACACAAUUUUUAAUGAGGAGUCACAUAAUGAAUACUACCCAAGUUUUGCCAGUAAACACAUUCUGGCUUCCAAGCAGGUAUUGUUGAAUGUAAUUAAUCUAAUUCUAGAUGUUGAGUGCCAUCUUAAAUAAAAUCUCCCACCCCAAACAAAAAUAAGGCUUUAAGUUGACAUGUUUUCUCAUAAACCAGUUCUGUGCUGGCAACACAUAUGUAUACGGGGAAGGGAAAUUGCAAAGUUUUUUUUUUUAGUUAACAGCAGAAGAAUGUCUAGUUUGUAAUUUGGGGUAGAAAGGGAAAGUGAAAUCAUUUUUAGUAAGGCUUGAUGCCCUUUGUCAUUACCCCAAAGCACACAAGUUGCCUCAAUAUGAUACAUUUCAAGCAAACCAUUCAAACUGGAGUAUAAAUCCUGUAUAUGAUCAAAAUGUAUAUUGGCUCGAGUCCAUUUUCAGCUGCCAUAGAACAAAUUGCUCAUUUGACAAUUAGAAUUUUGGAAACACUUUGACACUUUGUGAACAGGAUGGACUUAAUUUGUGCAGUUUUGUCUGCAGUAGCUGCUCUAGUUGCUGGAACACAAAGUAGAAACCCAUUUCCUGUUUGCUGAUUCAAAUUAUCUGGAUUCAGCAAAAUGUGUGUGCGUGAGUGGUAUGAGCGUGUGUGCGUGAAACACAAAGUCAUGGAACCAAUUGUUCUAGGUACAUGUCAUGUUUUACUGCAUACUUUAAGUCAUGUGUGUAUGUGAAGUGUCCUGGCUUUAAGAUUUUGGUUAAUACCAAUAUAUUUUUAUAAAUUUGAAAUUUAGUGUGCCCCAUCUUUUAAGUGUUUCAUUGUUAGGAUAAAUGUACUAGAUUUAAUUCUUAACACUUCUUGGCACAGAUGGAAAAAGUUUAUCAGCUCCUUGAAAAUGUAUGAGGAAGAAACAGAUCCUCAAAGCAUGUGUGUACUUACAAACCAAGCUGUAGAGAUCAAGAAAAGAACUUUUGUUGUUCUCAAAUUUCUAAAUUGUCAAGAUUUAUAUGGAGUUGUGGUGGAACUAGUUAACACUUAGAGCUUUUGGUAUGUAAUGACUAUUUGCUAUGGACUGAUAUUAAAUGUUUCAAAGGAUUGCGUUCUUAAACUUUCUGGAUUUUUGUUACUCUCCUCUUGGAUUAUAUUAAGUAGUUUAAAAUUUUCUUCACUAUAUAACAUUAAAACAUAAGAAAUUUGGGUCUCCA